AUGGAGUAUAUGGUGUUGAUCGGGUAUUGGAUAGAUAGUACUUGGAGGCUGCAUAGAUGUAUCCUCAACUUUGUUCUUCUACCUCCUCCCUGGACUGGUAUUGCGAUUGCAGAUGACAUUUUCAAGUGCCUAAUGGGAUGGGGAAUUAAAAAUAAGGUAUAUACUAUUUCUGUGGAUAAUGCUUCAAGUAAUGAUGUUACGAUUAAGGUUUUGAAGGAAAAUUUUGAAGUUUCGGGGAAACUCCUUUGUAGAGGUAAAUUGUUUCAUGUAAGAUGUUGUGCACACAUCUUGAACCUGAUUGUUCAAGAUGGACUUUAUCAAAUUAGGCACAUCAUUGACGACAUUCAUGAGAGUGUGUUGUAUAUCAACAGUUCAGAAAGUAGGCUUAAAGUAUUUUUUGAGAUUGUUCAACAACUUAAAUUGCCGUAUCAGAAACUUAUUCUCCAUUGUAAAAUAAGGUGGAAUUCUACCUAUGAAAUAUUGGCAACGGCAAUUAGGUUCAAAAAGGUUUUUCCAAGAUUGAAAGAGAGAGAUAUCAAUUAUCAUAAUAAUCCGAGUGACGAGGAUUGGGAGAAAGUGGAGAAAGUCUACGACAUUUUAAAAGUAUCCAAUGGUUCAACCAAACUCAUUUCAAGAAGUAAUUAUCCGACGUCUAAUUUAUUCUUGAAGGAGGUGUGUGUAGUGAGAUGUAUAUUGGAUAGUAAAAGUGAAUCUGAAGAUGAUUUUAUUAGAGUAAUGGUUAGGAAAAUGAAAGAGAAAAGCACGGGCAAAUAUGAUGACCUCUGGGAUGCAUUGUAUGAGUUAUAUGGGGAAUAUGUUCAAGCUAAUCAAGGUGUGACUAUCGCCCGUGCUUCUACAUCAGAAGGGCAUGGACAUGAAGCCAUUGAAAAGGAGGAUUACUUGGAGAUUCAGCUUCAUGUCCUAUCAGGUGAUAGGAGUCAGAGAUUGGUUGAUUCACCCGUGAGUUAUUGGCUAUGGAGUAGGAUUCUACAGGAGGAGUGGGGCUACAAUGGACUAUAG